CACUACCCUUUUUUUAUGUUAUCGACAACAGUGUCAUCUGCAAAGUUUAUCGUUCUGCGUGAUAUUUUGUUUAUUUUAUAAGGAAUUUGCAAAAUGUGGAAAUAUGGUCAAAACCAGGGCAAUCAGGGGCCUUCGGGUGGUGGCGGAGGAGGCGGGGGCCCCAACAUGAUGCCCAUGGGUGGAUUCGGCAUGCAGCACGGUAAUAUGCAGCAAAUGCACAUGUCGCCGCAACAUCAACAGCAGCAACAACAAAUGGGCAUGAUGGGCGGACCGGGUAGCAUGCAAAUGAAUCCCCAAGGACCUGGAGGUCCUGGCGGCCUGAUGCCCGGCAUGUCUCCGCAGCACCAGAUGCAGCAACAGCAGCAGAUGAUGCAGCAGCAAAUGAUGGUGCCUCAACAAGGAGUGGGCGUCGGAGUGGGAAUGGGCGGCGGUGUGGGAAUGGGAGGAGGGGGCGUGGUUCCCCAGCAGCAGCAACAGCAGCCCCAACAAAACAUGACCCAGCAGAACAUUCCCCAACAGCAACAGCAACUCAAUCCGGCCGCAGGAAUUCCACCCGGUGGCGCCGGGGGCAGCAACAAUAUGCUGGCUAUCUCGCAGCAAAAUCCUCACAAGGAGAUUAACAUUGUGCAGCUGUCGCGUCUCGGUCAGGAAACGGUGCAGGAUAUCGCCUCGCGCUUCCAGGAGGUCUUCGCCUCCCUCAAGGGCAUCCAGCCCACCUCGCACAGGGAAAACAACUCCGAGAAGAAGGUGCAGGAGUACUUCCGCACCAUCCGACUGCUCUUCAAGAGGGUGCGCAUCAUCUACGAGAAGUGCAACGACGCCGGAAUGGAUUACAUGAGCGCCGAGAGUCUGAUUCCCUACCGCGAUGAGCCGGAACCGAGAAUCGAGCCCUCGCUGUGCGACGAGUACCGGAAAGUCCUGCAGGAGAACCAUGAGCUCAUAGAGACCGUCAAGCUGAAGAACAGGCAGCUACGCGAGAUCAUCGAUCGGACACGCAUCAUCAUCUGGGAGAUCAACACCAUGCUGGCCAUGCGGCGCUCAUAGGCUUAGGGACUCUAGAUGUGUAAUAGCGUAUAAAUAAAACUAAGAAACAUUGCCAAACAGCAA